GAACAACCUGGCGAGAAUGAUCCCCCUACAAUGGAGCUCCCGGAAAGUCUCGGUUGGGAGAAGUACAAGAAAGAGUUCAAGAAGAGCCCUAUCAGAGGGGGCGAGUCGUAUAACGCAUGGCAUGCACGCAACCAGGCCGACCACGCUGCUUACGAGCGUGGCCGAGUGAAACACAACCCUUCCAAACAGCUUCUCUACGCCAUUCAGCGUGGCGAACGUGAUACUGCUCUCUUUGACGAUCUUGUCGCUCGAGGGGCUACCAUCUGGGACCGCGAUUCCGCCACCAGUGACUCGGCUUUACACCUGGCUGCGAUCGCAGAAAAUCCUGUUGCUGUGAAAUGGCUGCUUGAGAAAGGACUACCUUGGUGGGUUUCUGCGGUGGAUGAAAAGAACAAGUAUGCGAUUGGAAGGGCAAUCAAAGGUGGCGAGUGUUGGAAGGUGCUAAUGAAUUGGAUGGUAGAGAGCGAUUAUGCGCGCUAUUACAGGCCUUUUGAGGGAAGACCCAAUACAGUAGAAUGGCACUUUCACCCCAUGGACGUGGAGAUCGACAACUCUUCUUACCUUAACGAACGGUGCCAAUAUGUUUAUCGCGUAGAUCAAGGGUCUAUGGAGGUCAGCUUGAUCACGAGCAAGAGUCAGAGCGCCGUCAUGGCCGGCUGGGAGACCCCUAUCAUGAAGGAGUCGGCCAGGCUAUUGAUGGACGGUCAAGGCCCCGGAAAAUCUAUAUUGAACAUCGGCUUUGGACUUGGUAUUAUCGACACAGAAUUCCAAUAUUACUCUCCCUCGAACCACACGAUCAUCGAAGCCCACCCCGACGCCCUCACCUACUUUGAAAACAUCCAAUUCGACAAGAGCCCCUUCUCUCCCGGCCACCCCGAAACCUCAAAGUGCGAACAUAUCGACAAUCCGAAAAAGACGAACAUUAAACUGAUCCCACAUCCGUGGAAAGAGGUAUUCGAGGAUCCGAAAUUGAGGGCGAAGUACAGCUUGGGCACGUUCGACGCGAUUUACUUUGAUACGUUCCAGGAGGGAUAUAGAGCGUUUUUGGAGUUUUUCAAGUAUGUGCCGGGAUUGAUGAAGGGACCUGGGUCGCGAAUGAGUUUUUUCCAGGGGCAUGGGGCGUUUGAUGAUUGUUUGCAUGAGGCGUACAGAGACAUCCUGACCUUGCAUUUGAACGAUCUUGGGAUGCGAACGAUCUGGAGCGACCUCAAAGUAAAGAGAACGCGAUGGACGACAGAGACGUAUACCACCGGACGAGAGAUCCCCCUCUCCGAGACACCGCAACAAAUGCCUAUCUGCAUCCCCGCACCCACUGUACCCCGUAAAGUCGUCGCUCGUUCCAAUUUCUUCGACGGCUCCAGAAUUCCUCCCACUGCUACGACACAAGAUAAAGCUGCAAGCAAGAAGAAAUGAUGAAGUUGUGGGAAACACGUCUGUGCCCAAAGGAGAAGUGCGGGAGGAGGAAAUAGAGCCGAUUUCGAAGCGUGGGAUUGAUGGUAAUGGGAACAAGCGAACCCGAGACUAUUUCUUAAAGGACUGUUUUCGGUAGACCUGUAUUUCUUGGGGGGUGACAGUGAUCCAGAGAAUGUCAGCGACUCAAAAGUCACCCAG